UCGCCGCCCAGCGGCUGUGAAUGGAACGUUCGGUAAGCAGUUUGUCGCAUGUGUAUCGAAUUGUGACUUUUAAUUAGAUAUUUUGAAUAAGAAAACGAUGUUUGGACAACUUUUGUUUAGAUUUGUGCAUACUACAGCUUAUCGCCUUAAUUCUGCGGUUCCUAAAGCUGCUCUAUCAGCUCUGAGGAAGAAGACUGGAUACUCAUUUGUUAAUUGUAAGAAAGCGUUACAGCAAUUCGAUAAUGAUUUAGAGAAGGCAGAAGAAUGGCUCCAUGCAGAAGCUCAAAAACAAGGUUGGGAGAAAUCACAAAAACUUAAAGGUAGAGAAACUAAACAGGGAUUAGUUGGAUUCUUUAAGCAGGGAAAUGUGGCAAGUAUAGUUGAAGUAAAUUGUGAAACAGAUUUUGCAGCUAAAAGCUCUCAUUUUAAAGAUUUAAUGAAUGACGUACUCAACAUUUGCCAUAAUCACGCUUCUACUAAAGAAUUAAAAGAUUCCUUGAUGAAAGUAAACGUUUCAUCGACAGAGCUAAAUUCGCUGCCUUGGCAAGAAGGUAAAACGUUAGCGGAUAGACUUGCAUUAUCCGUGACGAAGAUCGGAGAGAAUUUAAAUGCUCGAAGGGCUUUGUGUAUAAAGUUUAUGGACGAUUUCUCUGUAACUGGAUACGCUCAUCCCGCAAAUCCAGAUGCUGCUGAAAAUUCUGUGCAAACUGGUAAAUAUGUUGGAUUAGUCGUUUAUCGUAGACACUCAAAUUCUGUUCCAAACCCAGAUUUUGACAAAAGUCUGUGUCAACAUAUAAUCGGUAUGGAUCCAAAAGAAAUAGGCGAAAUGGAAUCUGAAGAAAACAUAAAGAAAGAUAUUAAAACUAAGCAAAAAAUAGUAGUUGAUACGCCUGUUAAAGAUAACUUGGAUGAAUCACAGUCUAAGCAGGAAGAAGAUACAUCUUCGUCGUCCAGUGAGAGUUCAUCUGAUGAUGAUGAUUCUGACAAUGAAAUGUUUGAAGAAAGGAGUUUAUUAAAACAAAAAUUUAUUGGUGAUCCGGAUAAAACUGUUGGGGAAGUUUUAGAACGAGCAUCUGUACAAAUUGUCGAUUUCGUACGCUUUGAAUGUGGUGAAAAUUUAGAAGAGAAUAAAACAGAAGAAUAAUUCGUAUAUAAUAUAAUUAAAAUUCUUAUUUUAUUUCAAAUUUUAACAAAUAAAAUAGUAAUGAAAAAAUGAUUGUAAUAAGUGAUCUUGUUAAAUAUAAUUUUAGAAUAAGUUAAUUUCUAUUGAACAUGUUCCAGAAAUAGCAUUUCAGAAUAUUUCAUUUUUAUACUUACAUUAAAAUUACAGAAUUAUUGUUUUAACGUUAUCUCAUGCAUAUAAGUUAAUAAUAUACUACGAAUGUGUUAGAAUGUUAGAAAGUAAUAUUAUUUUCUAAGCUUUAUGUAAUCAGUGUCAUUAUGUGCGCAUACAUUUUUGUUUUAAUUAAAUAAUAUAUGAAAUUUUACUCGAACGUAUCAACGCCAUUAUUUAUAUAAUAAUCAAACACUGGCAAAAUCAUCCAACCCAGAGAAAAAUAAACAGGAAAACCUGUCCAGACAAUAAAAAUACCUAGGAUGGAAUCGAAUAUUUCAUUGAAGAAAAAUACGAGUUUAAGCAAAAUAUGCAACCUUUAUAGUGUUCUUAUUGAGGUGUAAACGUUGAGGGCAACCAGUUUUUUACUGUUUUACUCAGAGU